CAGAUUCUGCGAUUCAAACAGAUCUAUAAAUGGUUGUAGAACACAAUAGACGAAAAUGAAUACACUGUUGAGAUAAAUUGAAAAAAUUAUCCAGUCUUACAAGGAAUUCCACUAAGUGAUCCCAGAAUCAGUUGUACAACUCCUGGCACAAGCGAACAAAAUACAAACUGUGUCCCAGUAGACGAAUGAUAAUAUUAAGCCAUCCAAAUAUUGCACAGAAAAUUCUAACCAAGUUCUUUAAUUUUAACCACCGCAGGAAAGUGUUCUAAGCAAUAGUUUCUUCUUAUAUGGACAUUAAUUACCGAUUGCAAUAACCAAUCACAGCAAAUGGUUCAUAUUUUUUCUGUUUUUAUUUAAAAAACUAACUGGAUGAGAAGUGGAGACUUCAUUUUGACAAUAUAUUGAAUGUGCACCAACAAUAAUGGACACGAACAGGAACCACAUAUCUGCUAUGAAGUUGUUUUAAUGGGCGCUACCAUGAAACUUCCUUCAUAAGAGGAACACUCGUUUCUUGCUGAUGUAAACAGUUGUGGCAAUGAUAGCAUGAAGUGUCAACGUAGUCCAGGUAGAGAAAAAUGAUUUCGGCAAUGAAUUAUAACAAAAAGAAUUUUGAUUAAACGCUUAAAAUAUGCAGAUUUAAUUUCCCUGAAAUUGGCUUUGGAUGUCUGAAUGAUUUACAGAUAACACAUAUCUAUGGCCGAGUUCAAAAGGAUUAUAUGCUUCAUUUUUCUUCUAAUUACGCGAGUGGCGCUGGCGUCUUUAAGGCGCGAUUUGCGAAUUUUGGCUCGAAUUCUUCCCGGAGAGUAUAGCAACCUAAAACAGUACCACAAUGACGCUUAUUUGUCAAAUGCUGUGCCCACGCGAGAACGACAUAUCUUCUUUUGGUCACGCUAUACACCGAUUAAACUGCCAUCUUUGGACGAGGAUACCACAAACUUUUAUGUGGAACAUUUUAUGGACAAAUCAAUUAAACCAUCUCAGCAAAAGAUAUACAGUUUCCUUCUUGAUCCAGUUCAAAAUUCUGUCCGAAUGGAAGUUUAUAAAUUGGAAGGGAUUGGUGACAUCCGUAAUUCACGUGCGGCAAGAUUUCAGUUGCACAACAUGACCAGCGCGGAACUCUAUUCCAACAGAGAAUGUGACAUGUUUUGGAGACGAUUAGGAAUGCGAACUUUUGCGGCUGCUACUGGACCACAGUGUGUUGCAAAUAUGAAAGGAGAAAAGGAUAACGUUCUCAAUCUUGUUGGACGCCAGGUUCGAAUUCUUGUCUCAAUUGUACUGACCCCAACAUACAUCAAUGCUCAGGAAGGAUGGUAUCGUGUGUCAGACGGCAGUAAAAUCACGGCGAUCGGAGUACCUUACAAACUAAUGAAGAUAAAGAAGAUAAAACAAAAACUGCUCGCUCCGACACCUCGUGUCACGUCAUCGAGAGGCAGGAGGUCGAGAUUACAUUUUGGCAGAUCGCGAAAAUUUCAGAAAGAUUCACCGAAGUUAUCUAAUCUGUAUAUAGGACCCUGGGAGUUACGUGAUUUGGUUAGUCUGGCAGGAGCUUUGAUGUCCGGCCAUAGUGUAAGGUAUACGGUGAACCUGACCAAUUGUUUCCUGGUUUCUGGUACUACGAUGGACCGUCUAUCAUUCGGAGAUUACGUUGAUACAUUUGAAAUCUUUCAAGACGGUAAAAAGAAAGAGAUCACACGGCUGGAAUUUUCUCACCACAAACUAAUUCACAGUGAAACGGGAUUCGUUUCCAUAAUAAAAGAGGUCGUCGUCUACAGCAACUCUUCCGUUUAUGUCACCGUCACCUACCUGCAGCCUCCCCAAAGCCACAUCCGCAAACAAGGAAAAUGGUUUUGUCAGCUCUAUGACGUCAUCCAAAGGGAUGGCAAUUUAAAAUUCAUCACCGAACCUCACAAAGAUGUCAUACCAAUCAAAAGGUUUACGUCGCUGCUAUCACUGUUGAGGAAAGGUCGUCUUGUACGUAUGUCUGUUGAUUAUACAACCUGCGCUGGAGCCCGAACAAAAGCUAUCUCUGGCGGUGAAAUCACAGAUUACGAUGUUAUGGAAUCUGAAAAAAUGAUAGAAGUAUCCAUGAGUCGACGUUUGACAUAUUUCAGAAACUAUCCAAGAUAUGUGUUGAAUUUUGUUACUUUUAUCUUCAAUAAUGACGGUCAGGUGUUUGUUAAAGCCACUACGAUGGAUGCCAGUACUUAUACACCCUAUACAGCAAGUAAAAUGUAUUGUAAUUUCGGUGACGCCGAUCAAGCUGGAUCUGUAAAACUGUUUUAUCAAUAGAAAUGAACCUUGGUCGCUCGUUCCAUAAAACAGAAUAUAUUCGUGUACAGCUAUCUUGUCGCUGAUAUUUGAGGAUAUUGCUGGUGGUAAUAAUGUGAUGUGUACCUGUUUAUAAUCAAAAUUUUGUACGACAAUAUUACCCAGCAACUUCGGGAAUUUUUUUCAAAUUUCUUAUGGAAAUGGUAAAGAAUAUCAUAUGUAAUCUGAGUGUUGUGAAAAUAAUUAGUAAUCAAUUUUAAUCGAAAAUGUCAUCAUCAGACAUGAUAUUUCAAUUAAUUCAAAAGAAAACACACUUUUGAAUGGAUGCACGAAAACUGUAUAGAAAAUCAUUGUCAAGCACAUUUCCAAAGUUUCUCAUUUAAAGAAAAAAAUUCAUUUUGACAGUAUCGUCGAAUACUUUUGAAAACUACGAAACCAAUUUUAUAAAUUAUUUAACAUUAUACUUGCUGCUGCUGCUGUUAUUGUUGUUUACUACAACCAAACUUGCUUUCACUGUUCACUCCAUUAAAUCACUGUAGUAAAAUUGUUGAAAAAUCAUGGAUUUCUAUCCAUGGAACACAACACAGCAACAUCAAUUUAACUUAUUUUACACUUUUACUCAUUUGACAUUAUUUAGCAUCCUUUAUAUUCUUGUUUUUCACACACACACACACACACUUCAUAUAUAUUUACAUUGGUAUAUAUAUGUAUAUAUAUAUAUAUGUUUGUGUGUGUGUAUGUAUUAUGUUUAUAUACCCUGUAAUUAUCAUUUCUUUUAAAACAAUAAUGAGGACAAUUCCUGUUAAUAUUUAUUGAAACUGUGUAAUCAUUUUACUAUUACUCAUUAUUAGAAGGCGGGGGGGGGAUGGUGGAGCUGGCAGAGUCGUUAGCACGCCGGACGAAAUGCUUAGCAGUAUUUCGCCCGUUGCUACGUUCUUUGUCAUAUUAUUAUCAUAAUCAUCAUCAUUAUUAUCAUCAUUGUUAUCAUUAUUAUUAUGGUUGAUGCAUGGCAGGAGGGCGAUGAAUAACAACUGGUAGAGCGACGAACAAAAAACGUUUUAAGUUCAAAACCUGCCAGGACAACUUUACCUUACGUUGUUCUGAUGUUGGGGAAGCACCGUGCUCGCUCGAUUAAAUUGACUUUAAUUCUCUUUGCGUUGCCUUUUGUCCCUCUUAGAAAUCAUUAUUAUUAUUAUUAAAUCGAGGCUAGUAAAUGGCACAGUCGGUAUUAUGUCGGACAAAAAAGCAUUACAAGAUUCAAUUAUGUCUCGUUACGUUUUGAGUUCAAAUCGCCGCCAUCAAAAUCUCAUCUUGAAUCUACGUAAGAAAUUAUCAUUAAUUUUCUAUAUUGCAAUAGUUGAUAUUAUACGACUGAAGUUAAUUGUUACUAUAACUGUUGUCUUGUUAUAUUUUGUUAUUGCUUUCAAUAUUUUAUCAUUUGUUUUUCUUGGCAAAAAAUCAGACUGAAUUCAAUGCACUGUUUAACACUCGUUGGUUAUCAUUUGACCUAAUUGAGAGAAUCGUGCAAGUGUCGGAUACCAAACCUUAUAGUAUUUGUUACGACUCCCUGCACUUUCAGUUCAAAUCAGGCCAAGGUCAACGUUCUCUUUAAUCUUUUCGGAGUCGAUAAAGUACCAAGUACCAGUCCAAUACUAGGGUAGAUUCCUCCUCCCUCUCACUGUAUGGGUUGUAAUUUAGAAGGCCAGUCUUGUCACAUUGUACCACAAUUCUUUGGCCUGAGAGUUGUGUUAAGGAUACACAAGUCUGUGGAAUAUGCAGCUACCUACUCAUUAACUUUACGAAUAGGAAUUCAGUUUGUCGAACAACUGAAUACUCAUCUUUAGAUCGACAGAGAAUCCAUUAGAUGUCUAUAGUGGGGUUUAUAAUGUUGCAAGUAUUCUGGCCAUUUAUACAGUCAGAGGGAAAUCCCCUCCUAAGACUACCGAAGAUCUGAAAAAGGUUUUGAGCGCAGCUCGUCUGACAAAAUCAUAUUUUAAAAAAUUAAACAGAUGAAAACUUUUUAUAACGAAUUCCGUAUUUCUGCUGGACAUUCAGGCUUCUUUUCCCUUGUCCCUAUUCUGCAACUGUGAAAUCUAGAGUGUAGGGUUUAAUUCUUUGGUAGUUACAGAAAAAAAAUUAUUUAUUCCAAGACGUUUUUCCAUUUGAGAAAUAGGACAUCAUCUUACGAAGGUGUAAAUUAAAGUGGGUAUGGCGUCCGUAGUCACGACUUUCUAUAGACACUUCUUUCAUCAUUGUUACAUGUGUAGUCUACAUUAUCUGAACAGCACACACAUCUACAAUGGCCAACAAGGAGCUGAGCCUCGUCAGAAGCAUUUGACUUGCAUGAAAUAACAACCAUGUCUCUCUGAAAUCACAUCCCUGUCUUUAAGAAUACAAAAAACAAAUCACUGAAUAACUGACAUCAAGAGACACUGAAAACCAAACAAGAAAAACAAAUUAACCACGGCUCUUUGAUCCUAGUUCUGCCUAAUCAGAGCUAACCUAGGGAUAAACAGUAACAACAAAAAUACAAAUGCAUUCGCACAGAUAUAAGCAAAGCACGCACACACAAACACACACACACGGUCACACCUACGUGUACAACAUUAUACUUACCAACCAGUCUCAGCAGUUUGGUGUUUUGUUCGGAGUAGAACAGCAGGUUGUUCAGCUAAAGGUCCUGCUGUUUCGGUCGAAUCUGACCCAAGCUGAGGCAGAGUGAAAAAGUGUCACAAGACAGGUAAUAACACACAUGCCCCCCCCCACACACACACACUCACACACUUACAUUCUCCUCUCUUUCAUACACUUUCUACCUCCACACACAGAAAAAAUUUCCGUAAUUGUUUCAAUCUCAGUGGGACAUUAAUUAACAUUCUGCUAAGAAAUUAAUUUUCAGGACAUAUAUAUAAACGUGAAUAUUUUUUAAAUUAAUUAUAAUGAACGUUUUGGAUUAUUUUAUAAAACUUCUCCCGUAGAACUAAAACAGAAAUGUAAGAUCUUCUCCAUAUUAACAUUCAUAAUUUACAUUCACUAGUAUAAUAUUGUAAGCUUAGCUUUACAAAUUUACGUUUAUUUCUUUGGUAGAAUAAUUAUGGUAACUGUCAGGUUGAAAUAUUUCACUAUCACCGUUUAAUAUUUAUGUGAAAUUGGCAUUAUCGGCUGAUAGUCGGACGAAAGGAUUCGCAGUACAUCUGUUUACGUUCUCAAAUCUCAAUAAGAUUGACUACUUCUUGCAUAGGGAAGGGUUCGAUUUUAUCUGCGGGACCCUUCUUUACGUGUGUGACCUUGUGCAUAAUCUAUAAUAUUCUUGCCAUCCACAUCUCAAUAAUUUAUUUCAUAAGAUUGAUGUCGCUGUUUGAACUCACCACUUCCCAUACAAGGCGCAUCGGUCGAUUGAAGUUUUGAUUUAUGUUUGCUGAUGACGAAAUAGGAACAGUUGACGCUUUGAUUAAUAAACAGACGACUUGGUGGAUGAGCAAUUUGCGACUCGUUUAAAUUAUAACAAAAAAUAUAUAAUUAUUUAUUCCACCUUCUAGUACGGUAUUCAAGCCAUUUGGUUGAAAUGUUACGAUCAGAAUUGUCAAUUAUUGGAUGAUCUCCUUGACUGGUUUCAAAGUAAAGCAGAAUAUGCGGCUGUCAUUCCCUUUUCAGUGGCAUCAGUGACAUAAACGAAGUGCAUACUACCUAUUUCAUUCUCGUUCACCUUUUAAGACUAUUCAAGAAUUUUACUCUCUUUCACUCUGCUAACGUGGGUCUAAUUUCAGUUAUAUUUUCAUUGUACAACUCGUACAAAUUCAUCUUAGACAUCACUAUAGAAUACUAUUAUUAUGUCUAAGACAUUUAAGAACAUUUUGUGAAUGCUAAAAUUUAUUGGUCACACUUUCUAAAGUGACACAUUUUACAUUAGAUCAUUGUAUUAGUUGUAUUAGUUGUAUUAGUUGAUUUAACAGUAGUAAUCGGCUAUAUUGCCUGCAGACGGUGUUAUUCGUAGAUACCGUUUGCCAUUUAACUAUUAAAAACGUCCGACAAGAUGGAAAUAUUCAGUUUGGUAUCGGAAACGCAACAUUUCCCAAACAAAUUCUACACCUCAAUCUGUUACAAAUGUCAAUAAUUGCUUUUGGUUUAAAAUUAAUCUUUAAAAUGUUUAGAAAAAUUAUUUAUAAUCAAAGCUUCAUUUCACGCAAUUGUAACUUUCAUAAACGCAUGUCCAACAAAUAUACAUCUUAUGCUCUUUAAAUAAAUUAGCAAAAUCUUAAAAAAAUCUGACCUCACUCAGGUAACUUAAUUUUAAAUGAUGUCCUAGAAUAAUAUGUAAUUAUAGACUAAAUACGAAAUAUUUAUGUGUUUCAUUUUUAUUGUUAAUAAAUCUUGUUAUGAUCUGAGUCAGUUCUUUUCAGGUAAAAAUGUGAAGAAAAUAUUAGUGGAGAUUGGAGUCAAAAGGAAGAACAGUCUAACAAAACUUAUAAAUAUUCAAGUAAAAAUAAAUCGCUUAUUGAAUAGUUGCCGUUACUUCAGAAACUGGCUUGUAAAAAGAAAAAAAA